AUGCCUCCGCGAGUCGCUGCCCUCGCCGUCUGCCUCCUAGCCUACUCCGCCGUGGGCCAGGACCCCGACAGGCGCGAUGCCGCGAUAAAUUCGCCCGCGCACCAGGCGGCGAUGGCGCGGCCGGUGGCAGAGUGCGAGGCGCUUGCGAAGCAGGACCGACCCGGCCUCGACUUUACCGCCUGCCGAAAUCUGCGCGGCGCGAAUCUGGAGGGUCUAAACCUCGCCGAAGCGAUCCUCGACUACGCCGACCUCACCGGCGCGAGGCUCGGGCGCGCCAACCUCAUGCGCAUCUCUGCGCAAUACGCGAGCUUUGAGCGGAUCAAUGGGGAAGGCGUGAAGCUGGACGAGAGCGACCUACGAGGCACCACCUUUCGCAAAGCGAACCUGCAGUACGCCACAAUGACGGGACCUGCCAUCGCGCACGCCGACUUUUCUGACGCAGACCUUCGCCACGCAAACAUCCGCGCACUGUACGACGCCGACUCGGUCAAUUUUGAUCGCGUCGACCUGCGAGACACGACCGUGACCGACUGCCACCUGCACUACGGCUCGUUUGAGGACGCCAAGCUGCAGGGCUCCAAGUAUGAGGACAUCUCCUUCUUCUUCUCCUUCUUUGGCGGCGCCACGUGGACGGGCGCGGUAAUGAGCGACAUGGGCUUCGAAGGCGGACGCGCCAACCUGAUGAACACCAACUUUGACGGCUGCACCCUCGACCAGGUCCGCUGGGCGGGCGCAGUGAUGAGCCAGUCCACCUUCCGGUGGACGCACCUCAAGGAGGCGCAGCUCUCGAAGGCAAGGUGCUCAUACUGCGACUUCGAGGGGGCUAACCUUGCCCUCUCUGAUCUGAGCGGCGCGAUGCUCGACUACGCUUCCUUCGACAGGGCCGUGCUGACCGACGCAAAUUUCCAGCACGCCAGCGUGAGCAGGGCGAGCUUCUCCGACGCCGUCGGCAUCGACAAGGCGGACCUGAGCGAUGUCAAGGGCGACCCGAUCGGCGUCGAUUGCAGGGAAUCGUGCUGCGCGUGCGCGCACCCCGCCGGCGCCGCCGCGCAACCUUACGACCCGCAUGGAUACGGCACCCCGGCCGCGCUCCUGCAGCAAAUGAAGCGCAUGAAAGGUUAAAGCAACCAAGCGCGGCGGGCGGGGAGGGGGCAGGCAGGGGGCAAAGGCCGAGGGCAAAGGCCAAACAAAGCCGUGUCAGACGUGACGGCUCAAGGACGGUGCAGUCGUCUCGCUGGUUGACUAUCUUGGUGGUUGGUCGGCGCUACAUGCACAUGUGCAUGUGCAUGUAUGUCGUUUCGGUCGGGAAUUUUAAAUUCGGCAGCUGAA